GCGCGGGUUGAUGACGCCAUUGGGCGGCGCCGGCGGCUCCUGGGUCCUGGGAGGCGGCGGCGGCGCAGGGAGCCGGAGCGAGGCCCCGCUCUCCGGGGGGCACAUCGGAGCCAUGAAGGAAACCAUCCAGGCCAAGAAGCUGUGGGGCCCCGGGCUCCGUGAGCCCCACAAGCGGGAGAGGCUGCGCCUGGCGUCCCGGGACUGGGAGGAGUCCGAGCCCCCAGCCCCCAAGCACGGCGGCUGCUUCGAAGGCGGACGUCGGCUGGCCUACACCAAAGAGCAACCCCCAGGCUUCGAGAGCGAGGAGGAAGGCCAUGCCGACGACUGGGACUUCCCUCGCGUCUCGGGCUGGGCCCGCAGCAAAACCACCGGGGAGAAGGUGGCCAGGAGCGGAGGCCCGGACUGGCCCUUCGCCGGCGGGGCCGAGGGGCGGCCGCCGCUCCUGGGGGCCACCCGGCGGCGCUGCCAGCUGCGGCGGCGCCAGCGGGCCCGGCGGGCUCUCCGCAUGCUGUUGUAUUCCAAAUGCUCCUCCCUGGCCUUCCCCUGGAAGUUGUGGGGCAAGCUGGCCGGCCGGGGGCGCCGGCGGGGCAGCGCCAAGCAGACUCGCUCCUCCCUCUCGCCCGGCUCCCAGCCCGACGACGACCUGAAAGGCUGCCCCCUGGAGGAGGAGGAGGAGGACUGCCAGGGCGGGGCCAAGCCGGGGCCCUGCCCCUUGCGCUUCCGGCCCCGCCCCUCGCCCCGAUUGGACUACCACCUGGGCGGGGCCUUCGCCCCCUCGCCCCCCCGGCUCAGCCUGCUGGGGGCACUGAUGGGCGAAGAGCCCGGCUCCACCCCGUACCCGCAGUACGCCCAGCUGCAGCGGGCGGACGGCGCCAUGGAGGUGGGAGGGGAGGACGGCGCCCGGCUCCCGGCAGAGCGUUCGCCCCCCGGGAGCAGGAGAGAGGCACCAACGCUGGACGGGGAGUCAGGUAACCAGGAGGGGGGCGGGAAGGGGCUAUGGCCCAUAGGGAAUCUCCUUACCCCGUGUCUCCUCUCCUGCCCAGUCCCCACGGGCGCCCUGCCCAACGGCUUCGCCUCCCUGGACGGCGACCUCAACACCCUGGCUGCCGCCGCCUCCUCAGACCCCAGCAUUGUCAUCAGCAACGUGUGCAGCAUCGGCGGGGCCCACGCGGUCGAGGAGUUCUUCCAGGCCAAGGACGGGCCCGGGGCCCCCCACAAAGAGGCGCCCCCUGGGGAGAAGGCGGCACAACACAGCCCCCUGCGGGAGGAACACGUCACCUGCGUACAGAGCAUUCUGGAUGAGUUCCUUCAGGCCUACGGCAGCCUGAUCCCUGUCAGCACGGACGAGGUUGUGGAGAAGCUAGAAGACAUUUUCCAGCAAGAGUUCUCCACGCCACAGAGGAAGGGCACAGUGCAGCAGCUGAUCCAGUCCUACCAGCGCAUGCCAGGCAAUGCCAUGGUGAGGGGCUUCCGGGUGAAUUACAAGCGCCACGUGCUGACCAUGGAUGACCUGCAGACGCUCUACGGCCCCAACUGGCUCAACGACCAGGUCAUGAACAUGUACGGAGACCUCGUCAUGGAUACGGUGCCAGACAAGGUCCAUUUCUUCAACAGUUUUUUCUACGAUAAGCUACGAACCAAGGGGUACGAGGGGGUGAAACGCUGGACCAAAAAUGUGGACAUCUUCAACAAGGACCUGCUGCUCAUCCCCAUCCACCUGGAGGUGCACUGGUCCCUCGUCUCCGUGGACGUGAAGCAGAAGAGCAUCACCUACUUCGACUCGCAGCGAACACUCAACCGCCGCUGCCCCAAGCACAUCUGUAGGUACCUCCAGGCUGAAGCAGACAAGAAGGAUCGGCCGGACUUCAGAGAUGGCUGGAGGGGCUCCUUUAAAAUGAACGUGGCCAGGCAGAAUAACGACAGCGACUGUGGAGCCUUCGUCCUGCAGUACUGCAAGUUCCUGGCACUGGGCCGGGCGUUCAGCUUCACCCAGCAGGACAUGCCGAAGCUGCGGCGACAGAUGUACAAGGAGCUUUGCCACUGCAAACUCAGCGUGUGAGUCGCCCGCCCACACACCCACCUCUUCCCUUCCGGACGGGGCCACGCUGACACCACCUCCUCCCUCCGCUCCUGGGGGGGAGCACCCCGAACCCCAGACGGACGGGCAGCGGGAAGGGGCAUUAACUCUGUAGCAUUGGAACUGUUCAAACCGGGGUGAGGGAGGCAGCUAAUUCCGGCUCCUCCCGCCCCUGCCAACCAGACUUUUGGGGGACCUUUUUUUACUUGUGGGGGGAGGCAUCCCCCUCUCCCCCUGGUUCUGUAUUAUUUUUUUCAUAUUUAAACCCAGUUUCCCUUGUUACAUUUUGGGGCGGGGGUGGGUGGGGCACGGUAAAUACACCCC